UUUACAGAUAUUCAUCACCGAAACUGCCAUAUGUUGAGGCACUCAGCAUUCUGCUGAUAACAUGUUUAACACGUCUUUCUCUUUAAAGUAAAUUUAACAGUGUCAUCUCACCUUGACUACCCUUUGGAAUGGAUCAUUAUUACUUAAAAUACCUGGACUGUGAACCUCUCUUUAGAAAUGUACUAACACAAGGAGACAAAAGACAUGAAAUUGCCAUUUGUUUUCACUAUACCAACAUGUGAAGAACACUGGAAGAGUGCAUUGGACCAAUACCAAAGGGAGAUGAACACAUUAUCUUACAACAAAGACAGCUUAUUCAGCAUACCAAAAAGAUGAAUUGUCCAGCAAAAAUCCUUAUUUAUCAUGUCAUGUCUUUUCCAGAUUAUAAGAUCCACAGUGUCACUGAGAAAAGAAGAAAACUGGCAUCUCAGAAAUUGAAGUCUGCUCUUCAGAAGAAUACCAGAAAUAUUCAUGUACUGCAUACAUAUUUGACAACAUUUCCUAAACGCUCAGACCACGUCAAUCAUGCAGUGAGUGGAGAGUUAGCUAACAUUAGAGAAAAAGUUGAUAGAAGAGUGCAAGAGAAUAUCAUAGAACUGCACUGUUCAGGAGUGUGAAAAACUGGGAAAAUUAUGAGACAUGUGAAAAGUUUUGUUUGUCAAGAACUUUUUCCAGAAAGUGAUACUGUGGAAGAAACACGAAGAAGAUUUUUCCCAACUAGAAAAGACAUAUCAAACCUUCUGCUAAAAUCCCGAUAUGAAGGACACAAUUCGAAGCUUGAUCAGGAAAACAUUUUACAUCUUGUGCAGAACUGGCAAAAGCAAACUCCAAAUUGUAGCAUUUUCUGUCGUGCCAAUAGUGUCUCUGAAGCGAACUCAGUUCAACAAAAUUUCCUUUUUUGCUACCAGACAGAUUGGCAAAAGAAAUUGUUAAAAAAAUAUGGGAACCAGAUAACACUGCUGGAUGCAACAUACAGGACAACAAGAUAUGCAUUACCUCUGUUUUUCCUUUGUGUGCGUACAAAUGUUUGUUACACAGUUGUUGCAGCAUUUGUUACUCAGCUGGAAACAUCAAUGUGCAUUCUGGAGCCAUUGAAUAUAUUGAAGCAAUGGAAUGAUGAAUGGAAACCUAGUUGCUUCAUGGUGGAUUUCUGCCUGGAAGAAAUCAAUGCUCUAUCAAACUGCUUUCCCGAUGCCAGUAUAAUGCUCUGUGACUUCCACCGUGAAAAGGCUUGGACAGAAUGGGUAGCUAAGAAAGAUCAUGGCGUUCACAAUUUUCGAAAAAACAUUUUAGGAAUGCUUCGUAGCAUAGCACAUGCUGCAACAACAGAAGAUCUUCAUACAGCUCUUACUGCACUGAAGAAGAGCCAGUGUUGGAAAACAGGGGAAGCAUUUAGGCAAUGGUUUUCAACAAAGUGGCUACCUGCCAUUAAGAUGUGGGCACAUGUGUACAGGUCAGGAACAGAGCAUAUUGGAGUGAACACCAACAACGGACUUGAGCGGCAGUAUGAGACCUUGAAAUAUUCUUAUCUUGAUGGUUAUAAGAACUGCACUCUGAGUGAGCUGCUGACUGUACUUCAUUCUACUUUUUUCCCUAACGCAUAUAAAAAAUAAUCCAUGUACAGAUGAAACAAUAACUGUAAAAGAACAACAGUGAAUAAUUGCUAC